AGGUGAAGACGGAGUAGAGGGCUUGGAAUUUUGUCGGGUUGUAUAUCUUUAAGCUCUUAUCUUUCUCAUCCCCCCUAUCCAUUUUCAGUCGGCUACUUCCUUUUUGUUCCUCCUUUCCGUUAAACCCUACACCCUGAAAGCCGCCGAGGGAGCCCAUGAAUCCCUCUCUCCUCGUCUCUCCUACUUCUUCCUCUCACCCUCGCCCUCUUCUCUUAUUCCCUUUCACCCCCAAUCCCCUCCCCUCCUCACGACGCCGUUUCAGGGUCUCUUUCCCCCGCAACUCCCUCUCUGCCCAUGAACAAUCCCAUCCAUCCAUUUCCUCUUCUGAAACAGAAAAACCAAACAUUUUCGGAGACACCAAGGAGCUUACUGGCAUCCAACCCUUGGUUCAGAAUUUGUCACCGCCUGUCAGACUAGCCACUUCUGCUGUCAUCCUCGCCGGAGCUCUAGCCGCUGGAUACGGUCUCGGCCUUCGAUUCGGUGGUAAUCGGAAUGCUGCCUUAGGUGGAGCAGCCAUUCUCGGCGCGGCUGGUGGAGCCGCUGCCUAUGCUGUGAACGCCGUUGUUCCGGAAGUCGCGGCUGUUACUUUGCAUAAUUAUGUAGCUGCCUGUGAUGGCCCCGAGGCUAUCAAGAGAGAGGAUAUUGAAAAUAUUGCCAAAAAAUACGGAGUGAGCAAGCAGGAUGAGGCAUUUAACAUGGAGCUUUGUGAUAUCUACUCUCGGUUUCUAUCAUCGGUCCUGCCCUCUGGAGGUGAAAAUCUUAGAGGCGAUGAAGUUGAAACCAUAAUUAGUUUCAAAAAUGCGUUGGGAAUUGACGACCCUGAUGCAGCUUCCGUGCAUAUGGAGAUUGGUAGGCAAAUCUUUAGGUUUAGGCUUGAGGCUGAAGAUCGUGAUGGUGAUUUAGAGCAGCGGCGGGCAUUUCAGAAGCUGAUUUAUGUUUCAACUCUAGUUUUUGGAGAUGCAUCAUCUUUUCUUUUGCCUUGGAAGCGUGUUUUUAAGGUCACUGAUUCUCAGGUUGAGAUUGCUAUCCGUGACAAUGCCAAGCAAUUGUAUGCUUCCAAGUUAGCUUCAGUUGGAAGAGAUGUUGAUGAGGAACUGCUUGUCUCCCUUAGAGAAGCACAACUGAAAUACAAACUUUCCGAUGAGCUUGCCAAGGAUCUGUUAAUCGAGCACAAAAGAAAGCUAGUCGAAGAAAAUAUUUUUGUGGCACUGCAAGGACUGAAGUCUAGGGGAAGAACUGCUGGGGGAGUCAAGCAAGCCGUGGAAGAACUUGACAAGAUAUUGUCAUUCAAUGAUUUGCUUACCUCCUUGAGUAAACAUCCAGAUGCUGAUCGUUUUGCCCGUGGGCUUGAUCCUGUCUCUCUAGUUGGUGGUGAGUAUGAUAGUGACAGGAAGAUGGAUGACUUGAAGCUUCUUUACAGAGCUUAUGUAACAGAUUCUUUAUCUGGUGGUCGCAUGGAAAAUCAUAAGCUAACUGCAUUGAACCAAUUGAGGAACAUACUUGGUUUGGGUAAAAAAGAAGCAGAAGCUAUCAUGCUUGAUGUCACGUCAAAAGUAUAUCAAAAACGACUUUCAGGGGCCUUUCAGAGCGGUGACCUAGAGAUGGCAGAUAGCAAGGCUGCAUUCCUCCAAAAUCUUUGUGAAGAAUUGCACUUUGAUCCUCAAAAGGCUAGUGAGAUCCAUGAAGAAAUAUACCGGAAAAAGCUUCAACAAUGUGUAGCUGAUGGGGAGCUGGAUGAUAGUGAUGUUGCUGCGUUGCUGAAGGUGCGAGUCUCGCUCUGCAUUCCUCAGCAAACUGUUGAUGCUGCUCACUCAGAUAUCUGUGGCAGUUUGUUUGAGAAGGCUGUGAAAGAUGCUAUUUCUUCUGGUGUUGAUGGCUAUGAUGCUGAUGUCAAGAAUGCUGUGAGGAAAGCUGCACGUGGUUUGCGAUUAACUAGAGAAGCGGCCAUGUCAAUUGCCAGCAAGGCUGUCCGUAAGGUUUUCUUGAAUUAUGUGAAACGGUCUCGAUCAGCUGAUAAUCGUACAGAGUCUGCAAAAGAACUGAAGAAGAUGAUUGCCUUUAACACCUUGGUUGUCACGGAAUUGGUGGCAGACAUCAAAGGGGAAUCUUCCGAUGCUCCAUCGGAGGAACCUGUUAAAGAGGAAGUAAAACAAAAUGAUGAAGAGGAUGAAUGGGAAUCGCUUCAGACACUUAGGAAAAUAAGACCUAACAAGGAACUUAUGGAAAAGUUGGGCAAGCCAGGCCAAACAGAGAUAACACUCAAAGAUGACCUCUCCGAAAGAGACCGUAUGGACCUGUACAAGACAUACUUGUUAUAUUGUCUGACAGGAGAAGUCACCAGGAUUCCUUUUGGUGCUCAAAUAACCACAAAGAAGGAUGAUUCAGAGUAUGUUCUACUAAACCAGCUUGGUGGGAUCCUUGGGUUGACUAGUGAGGAGACAGUGAAUGUCCAUCGAAGUUUGGCGGAGCAGGCUUUUAAGCAACAAGCUGAGGUGAUUUUAGCUGAUGGACAGUUAACAAAGGCUAGGAUUGAGCAGCUCACUGAGCUGCAGAAGAGUGUUGGCUUGCCUGGAGAAUAUGCACAAAAAAUAAUAAAGAGCAUAACAACUACCAAAAUGGCAGCUGCCCUUGAAACAGCCAUUGGUCAAGGGAGACUCAACAUUAAGCAGAUAAGGGAACUUAAGGAAUCAGGUGUUGAUUUAGACAACAUGAUCUCGGAGAGUUUGCGAGAAAACCUCUUCAAGAAAACUGUAGAUGAGAUUUUCUCAUCAGGCACCGGAGAGUUUGACGAGGAAGAAGUGUAUGAGAAGAUCCCAGCAGAUCUCAAGGUCAAUCCUCAAAAGGCAAAAGGAGUUGUUCAUGAUCUUGCACGGACUAGGUUGUCCAAUUCACUUAUUCAAGCUGUGGCGCUACUACGGCAGAGAAACCGACUGGGAGUGGUUUCCUCACUUAAUGACUUGCUAGCUUGUGACAAGGCUGUGCCAUCGGAGCCACUAUCAUGGGAUGUUCCAGAGGAGGUAGCUGAUCUUUUCGAUGUAUAUGCACGAUGUAAUCCUGAGCCUGAAAAGUUGUCCCGUUUGCAAUAUCUGCUUGACAUAAGUGAUUCAGUGGCUGAAGCUGCCAAAGGGAUGGGAGAGGAACCAGCAUCAGUCGGAGCAGAUGAAGAAAAGUUCGUCUUUUGAAUGUUUGCAUUGAAAUGUAGAGGCUGUUGUUUAGGAAGCUCAUUUUUGAAGGCCUUUUAUGUUAUUGAAGAGUGUAGUAGGAUUAGUGAUAAAGGUGUUUGAUCUUGGUUGCUUCUUUUUCCUUACCCUAAGUUUUAUUGCUUCUUUUUCCUUACC